GUUUGUUGGAUGCUCGCGAGAAGACAGAUGCUGAGGCUGUUUAACGUCGGAGAGAGAACUCGCAUUCACACGGACCGGAGAUGGAGACGUUCAUCCAUCUUUACCUGAAUCUGAUCGAUCUUGGGAGUCAAGCCAAGAUGUGACCGUCACAGCGCGUCAUAGUUUGGAUCUGUCCAGUCUUUACAACACUUGUUUCUAUAGCAACAGAAAUAUCACAGUAUCCUACAAAGUCCCAUUCCCACAAUGCAGUCCUCUAGCUGCUCCUCUCAGCCUACAAAGCCACGGCGCUUUGACGUCAACAGACGGACCAACACCUUAGCUGCACCAAAGUCUCAUGGCCCUGGUUAUCAGAGGGAGGAUAAAAACAUGAACACGAUCACCACAUCCUCCCCACGCCGGGCUACCAAAGGCCCCACUGCACCCACCAGGCCUAGGGUGGCAGUGCAGCCACGGCCACCAGUAAGCCAGUCCAGGUUCGCCCCACAAAAACAGGUUUCAGCCAUCUCUAAAUCAGUCAAACCCAAACCCAAGAAUGCUCGUGCAUCUGCCGCAACCAAAAUUGCACCAGCGGCCGCUCCUCCUCCGCUUCCGUCUGUUCUCCCUCUCGACCCGAAUUGCAACGAGCCGAGCCUCCCAUGUCUGUGCUGCGAUGGGCGCUCCCCACAGGACAACAACAGCAUGUUCAACCACAACCACAAUAACAACAACACCAUCUCUAUCAGACAGCAACUGAAGCUACCGCCUCCUCCAGGCCCGUUACCCCAGAGGCAGGAUGGGAAGAUGGCCAAGGAGCUGCCUCAGCCUUCUCUGAAAGCUCAGGCCAAGCUGGAAGCCUCUGCCCGCCCUGCUGCCAAUCUGGAAGACAACGUCAAGAAUGCAGAUGAACGCUCCGAACUGGACAACAAGAAAAAUAUAAAGGUAGAGGAGGAAGACGAUGAGGAAGAGAGCAGUGGGGAUAUAGACAUUGAUGAUGAUGAAGACGAAGCUGACAAUGAUGACGACGAUGACGAUGAUGACACCCUGGUCCCCUCCUGCUGUGACGGUCCCCCCUCCCUCCUGGAGUUCUCACUGUCCUCCUCUACCUCCUCAUCCUCCACUUCCAUCAGCUCCUGCUCUGAUCUGGAGUCUGACUGUGCAGAUCAAUCCACCUCCAUCUGCUCUUCCCAAGACCAAGAUAAUCUAUCCAUCUCUCUGUCCCCUAAAGAGCACGCUCUUCCACCAGCCCCUGAGUGCCAGUCUUCUCUGUGCUCACCACCAUCCCUUCCUCUUAACCGCAAUCCUUUCUCCUCAACAUCCCAUUCCCCAAUUCCUCCUUGCUCCCCAGAUGAGGGCUACCCCUCUGCCCUCGACUCACCUUCGCCUGACUAUCUAGGAGUCAAAGGCGAAUCUGAGGUCACCAAAUUAGGUUUACUUGACUUUCUAGAGUCAGUAGGGGAGUUUGGGAAAAUGGAGCGCUUCAGUCAGGUGAUCCAAGUGGCCCGUUGGGAUCUGGAGGGGGAACAACAUUGGGAUGUCCUAAGGGAUCGGCUAGAUCACCUGGAUCGCUUGGAGAAGGUGAACAGGGAAGUGAAGCUGGCCUACGUUGCCAGACUCCACGAGAAGGGAUUUGAUCUUGGAGACCUGGAAGAACAGGAUCUGUCGGAUGUCAUGGAUGAAAUGGGCAACAUUGACAUUCCCUGGAAGUUGUAUAAAAGUCGUGGAGGAUCGAUGGGAGAUUCUCAGGAGUUUUCGGAUGCGGGGGUUGACCUCACUGCUCCGUCAGACUGUGAUGAGCCUCUCGCUCCCGACUCCCUCACCCCUUCCCCUGUUGAGCCCCCACCUAGACCCCCUAAACCUCCAGCACGUCAUGCCAGUGUGAGCUCUGACCUCCACACCUACAUCAAUAUCAGCAGGGAGACAACUUCCAUGGCGGUGUCCACCUCUCCUACAUUGUCCACUUUCUCCACUAACUCCUCAUCCCCUACAUUCACCACUUUCAGGUGUGAGAAACCCCUACCUCCAUCCCCACCAUCUAUUCCUCCUCUUCCUGCCUCUAAACCAGUCCCUUACCUCACCUUAUAUACUACUUCCUCUCCGCCUCCUGCCAUCCCUACCCCAACUCCUCCCAUUCCUCCACCUCGGAAGCGACACCUUGCCAGGAAGGAGGCGCAGCGGCUCGCUGCUCUUCAAGCCGAACAGGAAAAGACCCCUCUUUCCCUUCCUCCUCCCACCACACGCCCCCCACCUCUUCCUCCUCCACCAGUUAUUUCAGUCUCCUCCUCCUCUCCCCCUGCAAUACCGCCUCCACCUGCGCUGCCUCCUCCCCCCUCUUUCCAUGCAUUGGAUGUAGAGAUCCGGAAACUACUGAUGCUAGCAGGAUUGACCCAAGCUGAGCUUCUCAAACUCAGCCCAGAGCUUGGUGACUGUGUCGGAGGGUUGGAGGAUGAGGGAGACAGAAAUAAUGUUAUCCUGUCCAAAUCUCCAUAUGAGUUCAGACUACAAGAAAGGGAGGAUGAGAAGGAAUGUGACACCGGGUUGAUGUUCAGAGAUGGAUGGAGCAGCAGAGGCAAGUUAGAUGGAGAUCGAAGAGUAGAUAUAGCUGAGGAAAGCAAAAAGAAAGAGGAGAGCAAGGACGCACAAAGAACCACCUCAUUCACUGAGAUGGCAAGGAGAAGGAAGAGGAACAGCGGCCUAAGUUCUGACUCCUACUACAAUACUGCUUUUAGCAAUACUCAUGAAACUAAAACAAAGAAUAUGAGCUACGAGUCUUUCCGCUAUCCUGCUGCAUUACCAGAUUCACCUCCCCCUCCUCCUCCACCUCGUCCCCUACCCCCAAUCCCGCCAUCUCUGCCCCCUACCAAAGUCAGCACUCUCCCUGCCAACUCUGCACAACCUGAGCGAUUUGACUGGCUCAUAGCGUUCACACCUGAUUGUGAUGCCCCACCACAGCCUCCACCUCUGGAGAUGAGAAAAUCUCAACUAGAAACUCAAAAGAAGCUCAGUUCAUCAGGUUCAUCUCCUGCUCCAAAGGUGACAACUUUCAAAGAGCUGCGCUACCGCAACAAGAGCGCCUCCCCUACAACAAAGGUGAUCACUGACCCAGACCCUGAUCCAAAUGUUAUUACUCCAGAUCCAGACAUACUCUACAACCUGAGGUGGAGGCGAGAGACGGCAGGCAGCGAUGGAAACCAAUGGGAGUACACCUCACAAGCUCAGGCCCUCUUCAUGCAGCCUCCGCCAGCCCUCACCUCGAUGGCUGCACUGAAGGAAAUGCUCCAGAGAGCUGACAAGGAGGGAGGACAACUAGAGCUGUGCCCCUCACAGAAGAUCGGCUGCUCUGUCAGUGAUAGCAGCCUGUGGACCAUGGGCAGAGAGCAGGAGUGUGAAGACAUUAGGAGCGAGAAAAAGGAAGAGAAAGAAGAAGAAAAAGAGGAAGAGGAGGAGGUGGAGGUGGAAGUGAGAGGGCGAGCCGAUGGAGGGAGGACUUUUGAAUCAAGAACUUCAGUUUCCUCCCCCCCGCUGUCCCUUGCCCAGUCCUCCCAACCCUACUUCCUCCACACUGCCCUCCCCCCCUUUCGCCCAGGCUACUGUAACUCCCAGCCCUUUGCAGAUCCCAGACCCCACAGGCAUGUAGGCAGGGAGUCCAAAGAUGACGAGCGGUGCAACACACAGUGGGCUCCUGCUCCCAGCUCAGCUUGUAUCCACAGAGAUGAUUCCAGUGCUGAAUUAAAUGCUGUGUUUGGCUAUGAAUCCCUGGCUGACUUUGGUGUAGACUCUCCUUGCGAUGAUGAAAACAUCUUCGACACACUCAGGGACUUUGCGUCCGACUCUGUGUGCAAUUUUGACUCCCUCUACUGCAGUGACUCAGACAGGGAUAGCGGCACACACACCAAGCCAGACACCCCUGUUAGCAGCACCCCAGAGGCUCCGGGCUGCACCACCCCGUAUAAGAACAUCGAUGUCAUGAUGACGUAUUCAAACAGUGCUAUGGAUUCUCUGUAUUCAGAUAAACGCUCACAGACAGACCACAACAGCUACAAGGCCAGAACAUCGAAAGAUCUCCCUCCUCUCCCCACGUAUUACCUCUACCACCCUAAAAACUGCCCUCUGCAUCGAGGUCACCCUCCUCGCCUCUCCCCAAUCGGAGCCCUCUCCCCUCCCCAGCGCUCCGGAGCGCCCCCUCCAGGCGCAGCAGGCUCCUCCCUCAGCUCCCCGCUUUUCCCCCGCUCUCACACCUUGCCUGCCCUCGCUGCUCCCCUCUACUAUCCAAACCUCUACCCUCCUAUACCGCCCAGGGCUCCCCCCCUACCCCCAAAACUCCACCAGGCUCCUCCGCAGUCACGCGUGGCGACCGUUCGCAGUGUCUCAUUCGCUGGCUCUGUGCAGAGGACAGAGACGUCCUGGAUGGGCGAGGAUGUGAAGCAUCCGAUGCGAGGUCUGGGCCUGUCCUCUCUGUGCCUGCAGGAAAAAAAAGCUCUGGUCAGUGCGGUCAGUGUGGCAGUGGAAGCCAUCUUGGCCCAGUUCAGUUCUUCUCGGACGGUCGUUCAGAAGUCUCUCUCAGUUAACAAGGCCUUAUCAGGAGACAGCACCAUAAAUCCAUCUCUGGGCCGUCUGGUGCUGCAGUGCCUCUGCCCAGCCCUGCACAGCUUGCUGACCGAUGGCUUGAAACCCCACCAGAGUGACCUGAUUGCAGGCAGGAGGCCAAAUUCAGCCUGGAGUCUGGUCCAGGCCUCCACCAGGCCAGGCCCAAAAACACAGGCUUUGUUCAGCCUUCAAGAUCGAGUCGGAGAGCUCCCCCAGCUCAGACAGAGCAAACACAGGUUCAACGCGUUCCUUCUUGGCCUAUUAAAUACCAAACUUCUCGAUUUCUGGCUGUCUCACCUUCAGUCUUGCAGCGAUGUGCUGGAGACAUAUUACCGCCCCACCUCCUUUAUGCGUCUGUCGCUGACCACCUGCCAGCCUCUGUUCGAGGAGCUGCUCCUCGUGUUGCAGCCUCUCAGCCUGCUGACCUUCAACCUCGACCUGCUCUUCCAGCACCACCACUUAGAGCCAGACAGCCACAGUCCAGAUAUCCAUAGUCCUCCUUGCCAGGACGCUACGUCCCAGCUUUCAACAGAAGACUCCAAAUCCAAAAACAGCAGGUUUAUUGAAAGCCUGUCAGAGGUAGAUUUUGGAAGCCCAGAGAGAGCAUUGCCAUUGGCUAAUCCAAAGAAUUUAGGAUCAGGGGAGUCAAGUCAAUAUGGCGCUGCACCUGUAAAGGCUUCAGUCAGUCUCGGGCAGACAAGUCCGCAGCUCAUGUGGGUGCAGGAGAAGGAAAUCGGAGACUUACCUCCUCCUAAUAUCGAGGAGGACAGCUUUGCUCAGCAGGCAGGACAGGUGAUCCAGCAGGGAUGGGGGGCUGUGGUGCGCUGGGGAGGCAGGCUGAGCCAUAACCUGUCUGAGCUGAGCCUGAAAAAGGAGGAGAUGAGGGCGAAUCUGCCAGACCUCCAGGUCCAGGCAGGAAGUGACUUCACUCCGGUCGGCGGUGGUGCUCAGGUUCCCUGGGGUCUGGGACGGCUCUUUGGAGCCUCUAAAAGUCCCAACAGCCCAACAGGUCACACACCACCGACCAGGCGUCCCUCUCAGUGGCUGGCUCCUGGUGUCACCGCACUGACCCGAAUGGUGAGCAGCAGCAGCUCCACCCCAAUAAUGAGGAGGGCCCCGGAGCUGCAGAGAGAAAGUGAGCCAGAGUCUGAGAAGGAAGUCGAUGCACUGGAGAUGAAGGACAAACCCAGACCACUCAGGUCAGUACGAACGCUGUGUGACCACACCGGAGCCGAGUCGGAGCUCAGCUUCCGCAAAGGGGAGGAACUGGUGGUGUUAGGAGGAGUCGAUCAGGACUGGAUCCGCUGUCGUCAGGGAGACAGAGAGGGGCUCGUACCUAUUGGCUACACCUCCCUCAUCAUGUGACUUCAGCCAUAACUGCUGCACUCAAUCAAUAAAAAAAACAAAAUAAAUAUAUAUAUAUAAAUAUAUAUUUUAGGCGAGUAUUGAGAGGUUACGGUGAGGCUCCACUACUCUGAAAGGGAUAUUUCACGCUUGCUUGGUGAGAGUUUGAGUUGAGUGCAUCACGCCAUCUGCUCUGCCUCACGUGCACCAGGAGCAGCCUGCAGUCCUCUCCCUUUAUGAACAUAUGGGAGUGUUUUUUCCCAUCACAAUCCAUCCAGUUUGGUAGCAUUAAACUAAUGGAUUGUAGCAGCAGGAACGCGGCAGAUGGUGUGAAAUAAUGACUCAAGUCAAAUUCAGAUCAUUUCACGCUGGAAGACCUUUGAUCUCAGAGUGAAGUAUCCCUUUAAACGUCCUUUUUCUCAAUUUCUGCCAUCCUCGUCAGCCGCUGGUCUGAAAACAAACACGGGGGGGGAUUCUGUGCUAUGAACCACUCGCAGCUUCAAGCGCUUUCAGGUCAGCGGCUGCCUGUUGCGAGGGGGCCACAGCCCAGUUGCAGCCACGUUAAUGUCUCUAGCUGUGGAGGAUCGCGACUAGCGGGUUGACAAUUGGAGAAAGCGCGUUAGAGUACUGGGCCGUAGCUCCUGUUGCAUACUGCGUAGUAAUGUAGUGAACUGUAGCCGUGUAGAUCUGUGUUCUCUUGACCUUUCACCCCUUUUGACCUCUCACCUUUAUCGCCUGGUUCAUGAGUGUUUGACAUGUUUCUGCUAAUAUAAUUGACUGUAUAAAUAUACAUAAAAAAAUCUAUAUAUAGGUAUAUAAAUUGAGAUUGAUAUUACCAAGAUAGAUAGAAAGAUAGAUGAACAAGAGAAAGCAGCUUAAUAAUACUGUGGCCACAAUGAGGAAGAUUCAAAAUGAAUGGAUUCAUUCUUCGACUUCACACUCACUACAUGAUUGUCAUACAUGCAAAAAAAAAGAAGAACAUUGUUUGUUUUGAGAAUGAAAUCCAGUAUCUUCCCUCCUGUGUGCUUUAUGUAUUGCCAACGUCUCGACGUCGUAUUCAUUAAGUCAUUUAGCCUCAUAUCUUAAACUGUAUGCAUUGUGAUGUGCCAUGAAUGCUUCGAAUGAAUGCCAGAAAUUAUCUAUCUACUCCACACACAGUUGUCAGAUAAAAUCAGACAACAGCAAUCUGUAGCUACUCAUCGGAAACCUUCACAGAACUAUGCUCAGCUCUUGUUCAGCACUAUCUGACCUUGAAUUCAAUGCAGUGAGAAAGUCCCAGAUGUGUGGUUAAUUCAUCAAUGCUACUGUAAAGUCUGUAGGUUUGGUGGCUGGUCUUCACCUCGUACCUCAGCUUUUGUAUUAACCCUUCCUGCCAUGUUUGCUUCUCAUCAUAAUCAUUGAUAUUAAUGAUAGUGGUCGUGGUGGAAGUGAUAUGUUGAUUCUAAUGUUGCUUUGUGUCAUAUAUUUAUUCUCUAGAUUCUGUAUUGAUGACUAUGCAUAUGGUUAAUUGUACAACUACUUUUUUGUUUGAUUGUCUGACAGUCAUUUUGGUUUGGUGUUCCCAUGCAAGUUGCCACCUGAAGCCUAAAACAAUAGAUUAACCCUCAAAGACCUGGACGAUCCCCGGCGGCAGCUAAAAAGAGCUGUUGUUCUAAAAUGUUUGAUAGCGUUUGAACCGCUCAUCCAAUCCAUCUGCUUUAAGACCUGGUGUAAAGUGGAGUUUUCUGUCUUGUUUGAGCAUUCAGGGCUCCACUGUGAACAUUAUUACGCCAUUGUGUUCUGCAGCAUCGAUUUGUCAAGGAAACCCACACAGUUUCUUCUGCGCACUGGUGCCACACCACAUGCAGCUGGUGCCAUUUUUAUGUUUUGCGCCCACACCCUUGAAACAUCCUGAGUCCUGCUCUCCAAACUUUUUCAGACAAAUUUCAGACAAUGAAAUGUAGAAUUACAAAUGUUUUACACUGGAAAACGCAGAGGAUAAUUUUCAACUGAUUGGUUUAAUUUGCUUAGUAAAGGUCUAAUAUUGACAAAAAUGUUGAAGUCUAAAACAAAAAGUACAUCUUUUUCACAAUUAAAACUAAAGUUCCUGAGGUUCUGUCUGAGUUCACAUUAAAAAACUUAGCAGAUUAAGGUGAAAAAUCACCAAAAUUUAAAGAAAUAGCAGUUUUCUGAUUAUGACAUCUUUGUAUUGUGUUGCAGGGAAAUCUAAUGUAGUUAGCAUGCUAACAAGCUAGUUCCUGUGUCAGCAGUAUAAACAACAACAUUUCAUUGGUGCAUCGAGCUCCCGGUCUGGACCGCUAACUGCAAAGCUAACUGAGCUACCUAAGAAACAGCAGCCAAAGGUUGCAGCAGUUAGCAGUUACUCUAGUGAUAUGCUGCCCUGCAUGUGGUCAAUUACAUAUUGCACCUUUAUUAGCCAGACUGAAACUUAAUGUUCUCCUGAAUCAUAUGAUGUAUGACACUUGUAAGAUGCUGACUGCUAGAAUAGGGGAGGAGAAAUAAAAUAAAUACAGAAGAGUCAAGGUCUUUGAGGGUUCAAUAGUAAAAAUGAAUAUAAAAGAGUCUGAUUUCAGCUGGACAGGAAGGACCUUCUUUUCAUUCUGCAAGAAAAUGUCAUCGCCAUUGAUCAAUCAGGGAACGCUCAGCUAUUGAAAGUGUGUUAUUGUGUCAAUGCCAUGUAGCAUGACGUUACCGUCACUAUGACACCUGUCCGGUAGCAUUAAGUUACGCCAGUGCUCAUCACAUUACAAAAGAUGCCAUCAAAUGGAUGAUACGUAGAUGUUUACAAGAAAUAAUGUCUAGAUAAAGAUAAAAUAUCAGUUGACACAUUACAAUGUGUUUGGAAUAUUUUUUCGUUUUGUUUAUGUAUUUCUAUUCCAAUGUGCGGUGAUAGUCUAAAUGCAUUUUGUUUGAAAUUUGUUAAUUUAUUGGAUGUUCUAUUUAUUGAUCUUGAGGUUUCUGAAAGGAAUAGCUCUAUCUGACCCAUCUAGUGUCUCUCUAUCUAUCUGGGUUCAUUGUGUGUGUGUGUGUGUGUGUGCGUGUGUGUGUGCGUGUGUGUGUGUGCGUGCGGGAGCGUGCACAUGGCAGUGUGUGUGGCGGUGAAAGCAGAGAUGAGUGUGAGCACUUCUGUGUGUCUGCACAUCCUGCACUUUCACUUGUGUGUGUGUGCAAGUGUAACGAUGAGUUCUAUACCUCCCUCUCCUCCUCCUCCUCCUCCUCCUCCUCCUCCUCCUCCUCCUCCUCUGGCUCCUCCUGCUCCUGCUCCUCCUCCUCUCUUGCUCUCUCUGGUGUCAUGUAGCCUGUAGACAUCCCCCCGUGUCCUACUAUUGCAUAUAGUUCAGUGCCCCUAUAGUGUCGGUCAUUGUCCACCUCCUGCAUGUGCUUGUUUGUAAAUACACCAAAUAAAAUGAUCAGUAUAAACCAAA